ACGCCCUAGGUUUUAGUUUUGCCCAACCAAACAGCAAACACCGAUCAAGAAACGCUCUCUCUCUCUCUCUCUCUCUCUAUGGAGAGUGGUACAAGAAUGGCUUCUUCGUCUCCAAGAAUCAAAGAUGACGGCCAAGAUUCUCACAAGUAUCACAAAUUGCCGCCGUCGGGUUACUCGUCCUCGUCGGCGUUCGCUUCGUCGUGCUCGAGCUUCGCCUCCCGAUCGUCCACGUUCUUCACGCGCUCCUCCACGCCCGUGAACUUGCACGGACACCGCUCGUGCUCUCCCUCUCCGUAUCCGUCGAAGCCGCCUUCGCCGUCGCCGUCGUCUUCCGUUAGGUUCUCGAUCGAGGGGGCGACCUCUCCGGGGCGCUCUUCGAUCUCCGUGAGGAAGCAGGGCAGCAACAAUGCGGUGUCUUCCAACAAGAAGAAGGCGUGCGCGUGUUCGCCUACGACGCACCCGGGCUCGUUCCGGUGCUCUCUGCACAAGGCCUCGCCUUUGGCUACACGUGGCGGAGAUCAUGGCCACCAGCAGAAAACGGCGUCGUAUCACCUGAGUCUUCGGAGGUCGGCAAUGACGAACUCACUGGUAAGGAUCGGCGGAGUGGAGGGAGGCGACUUGGUGAAGCGGGCCUUGUCGGCUCUGAUUAGGCCCUCCUCGCACCAGCAGCGCCGCCGAACGGCGUUCCAGCCGAGGCCGAGCCGCCUCUCCCUCAUGUCCAAGGCCGACGAGUCUUGAUUUCAUUCGCUGAGUUGACUCAGGAGUGGCCUUUUUUUUCUUCGUCAGAUUAGCGGGAUAGAUUAGGAAUUUUAUGUAAAGAUUUGAGAACUCAUUCAUGUCAUGAAAUUUUGCCAGGUAGAGUUUUAACCAACGUAAACUAGUCUAACAAUUUCUUUUUCUUUUUUUUUUUUUUUAAAAAAAAAAAUCAAAGUAGUUUGGUAUUUUUGAUUUUAAUAUGAGAAAAUUAAUAACCUUUUUGAUUCUUUAAAAUCUGCUGGCCUUUUCUGAAAUCUGAAUGUGUGAUUGAACUUGGAUUUGUGUGGGCAAAUUUUGUGGACAUGAUCUAUGUAUGUAUGUAUGUAAUUCUUUCAUAAUUUUUUUGGAUUUAUUUA